AUGGACAAAGUAAAAGCCUCCCUCCGCGACUUCACCUCUCGCGCGGGCCACAAAUCCACCACAGUCCACGAGACGGUCGCGCCCGCCGUCCAACACGAACACAUCAAACCGCACGAGCACGAAGAAAUCAACACAGCCAUCGACAAGGAGAUCCACCAAGACCACUACCACCGCACCAUCCAACCCGUGCAGGCCCGCGAAGUGCUCCCGGAAACGCACACGGCACACCUAGGCGCGGUCCAGGAACGCGAAUACGACCACCGCAACCCGGACGCGACGCGCGCCAGCCUCGACGAGGAGCAGAAGGGGUUCCGCGACGAGCGCGUCGUGGAGCCUACGACGCACAGCCAGUCGGUGGCGCCCGUGGUCGGCGGCGAGCAUGUCCAUCACCAUGUGCAUGAGACGAUUCAGCCCGUUGUGGAGAAGGAGACGAUUCAGCCCAGUGUGAUUCAUACGACGGUGCCGAUCCAUGAGGUCCAUCAUAAUGUCGAUAAGAUUCAUCAUACGUCGGAGCUGCCGCCCGUGACGAUGGAGGAGUUCAAGGCGAAGGGCGGGGUGUUGGGCGGGAGGGAGGAGCGGUAUGAUGGGUUUGAGGGGGAGCCGAAGAAUAUUGGGGGGACGCUGAGGGAGCCUGUGCCGCAUACGCAGGCGCAAGGUGAGGGGGGGAACUUGGGGAAGAAAAGGGAUAGUGUGCUUGUCGGCGAGGGGGGGCCGACGAUGGGAAUGGUUGGCGAGCAGAAGACUGAUAUUUCGGGUUCCCGCAGUGAUUGA